AUCUUAUCAAAGACUUAGAGAGUAAAAUCGUCUUCACAGCUACCAUAAUGUCUCAUGUCAACUUGCUCAAAGCCGCCCGCCCAGCAUGGCGAGCCUCAACCGCAAUCCCCAAGGCCGCUAUCAGGCCCUUCUCAGUAUCCCGUCAGCUUAGGACUCCUCCGAUUCUGUUGGAAGAUAAAGACAAAGGUUUCGGGUUUAUCCGCCACAACAAGCGUCCACCGAAACCUCGGUCUGUCGGAGUGACUGAGAUUCGGGGGCCAUAUUACUCAGUGUUGGGAAAACGAUACCUACAGGAUGUCCUUGAGACGAUGGGACACCAUGUCGAUGGACUCAAGUUUGCUGGUGGUUCCUUUUCCCUAUUCCCAGAAGAUAAACUCAAAGAGCUCAUCAAUCUCGCUCACGAGUACAACGUCUACGUUUCUACUGGCGGAUGGAUGGAGCACGUCCUUCUUCAAUCUGAUCCCGCGUGGGCUGUGGAUCAAUAUCUCAAGAAGUGCAAACAACUCGGCUUCGAUGUUAUCGAAAUCUCAUCAGGCUUCCUCUCUAUCCCCCAAGACGACUGGCUCCGCAUCGUCGAUAAAGUCCACUCCGCCGGUCUAAUCGCCAAACCCGAAUGCGGCAUUCAAUUCGGCGCCGGCGGCGACACAGAAGCUUCCGAGCUCUCAUCACUCGGAACAUCUGACCCUUCCAGGAUAAUCCACAUGGGAAAACGUUUCAUCGACGCUGGAGUAGAGCGCAUCAUGAUUGAGAGCGAGGGCAUUACAGAGAAUGUCAAGAGUUGGAGGACGGAUGUAAUUCAGCAGAUCUUGAGGGAGUUGCCGCAGGAGAAAGUCAUGUUUGAGGCGGCGGACCCAAAGGUGUUUAAUUGGUAUGUAAGAGAGUUUGGGACUGAUGUUAAUUUGUUUGUGGACCAUUCGCAGAUUGUGCAGUUGUCGUGUUUGAGGGAGGGAAUUUGGGGACAAUCUGAUACGUUUGGAUCGGUUGUUAAUUACAGGCCUUGAUGUUUUGUUAGUUGAGGUGUAAGUUUGUUGAGGUUUGGACAAGCAAUUGGCUCGUCUAAAUCGUGAUGCCAUCAUGAUGCACUGAGUGACCCCGCGAUGGGGCAGGACAAUCUCGAUGGAAGCACUGCACGCUGACAUCAUUGCUCAGAGAUAUAAAUAACAUGUCAUGAUCAUUUAAAUUUCUUCCUUCACUUAC